CCCGAGCAGCGGAACCCCGGGAGAGGAGGUGACCAAGCAUCCGCGACAAUAGUGAACACAUUUAGCCACUUUAGCGCAAAAAAAACAACCACUGAAAGUGCAGAACAGCGGGUUCAGUGCAUGACAGCGGGACUUCCAGGAGUGUGACGUGACCAGCAGGGAAGCUGGAAUCCCCGCGCCGAUCCCUCUGACUGCCAGCAGUUCUGAGCCCCCCUUGCUGCUCACAGUGGACCCCGUUCUGACUGACCAUGAUCGGGUACCACACAGCCUCAAGUGCCCUUACCCUCCUUGUCCUCCUGACAGGGGCUUCCCUCCCCCGGCUGUCCACCCCCAGCCCCAUCAACAUCCCCGGAGACGUCGUUAACCCACAUGGAGACCCUCCUCCUGGAAGGGAAGAGGAGAGGCGGUGGGUACAGAAAGAAGAGGCAGAGGAAGAAGAAGACGAGCUCUUUAAAGAUGUGGAUCCCAAAACACUAGCGGCGGUUUUACUGGAGGCACUAAAUCGCUCACAAGUGGGGAGAAGAAGGGAGGGAGGGGAGCGCGAUGGGAUGAGAGAAGAGACAAACGCUGAGACGGGUGGAGUUAAUAAUGAGGACGAAGCGAGCAGAGAAGUGAGAAUGAUGGAGGGGACAGACAGAGACAGAGACGGAAGGAAGGAGUUAGAACUUCUGAUGGCCGCACAGGGGAAGGAGCGGGGCAAACAGGAAGAAGAGGAGAGGAAGAGAGCUCAGGAGGAAGAGGAAAGGAUGACAGAAAAGGUGACGAGUCGCACCACCAGUCAGACAGUCCCGGUCCAAACUGAGAAGCCCGCCAGUCCAGAUGGAACAGGGCACAACAGUCAGGGGUCUCUCCCACAGAACCCGGACCAAGAGAGCAACGAGGACGAGCAGAUCAGCCCCGAGGAGCUGAGGAACCUGGAGACCAUGAUGAAGCAAUUCCCACGUCUGAACGCGGCCACCAAGAGGGAAGGAGAAUCAGAGCAAGCCCAGAGAGAGAGCCGAGGUUACAGCAGCUACAACGACGUCAUGCCGAGCCACAAAGGCAACGACCUCGCCAUGUCCAAGAAGAAACUGAAAUGGCAGGAAGAGACACAGAAAGCCAUGAACUUCCCAACAUUCAAGGCAGGCAACUUCAUGGACGACUUUGAGGACAAUAACGCUGGCAGUAAUGCUGCACAGUCUAAUGCUCCGUCUGACCAGGAGGCGAUGGAAGGAGAUGAGCCGGAGGAGGAGGACGAGGAGGAGGAGGAGGUUCUGAGUCCUGAGGAGGAGGAGGUCCAGGCUAAGGCGGAGCAGGAGGAGAUGAGAAGGCAGGCGGCCGAGGCUCAGAAAGCCAAGAUGGAGGAGGAGAAGUUGGCGGACAUCGCCUCGGACAUGCUGCUGCGCUACAUGGUCAAACAGAACCACGGGAACAAGAAGUACCGCUCGUCUCUGUCCAACGCCGCCGAGGACAAGAGGUCCGACGAGGAGCAGGAAGUGACGGAGGAAGACGAUAUCGAUCCCCAGACUAUCGACAAGCUGAUCGAGAUCUCCAACAAACUCCACCUCCCCGCUGACGACGUGGUGGACAUCAUCAGUGACGUGGAGAAGAAGAAGAAGAAAGACGUGUCGCCGGAGACGCCGUCUCGAUGGCAACGACCCCCAACUCCGCUGUCUUCGUCGUACUCAUCGAACAACGCCUUUUCAGCACCACAGAUUCCAACCGAUCAAUUCCCGGUUUCUAAGCAACCCUCUCCAUCUGUCAAUCGCCUGAAGAACUGGUUACAGGAGAACACGCAGACCACAUCGCAAGAUUUCUGGAGCAAACCUGCAAAGCCUCCGUUAGCCAAUCCCAACCGCUGGCCCAAACCUCAGAAGUCGUACAAACAGGAUCUUUGGCUCCAAUCGCCCAAGCCGGUUUGGACUGGCUACCCUUCGUACCCCUACAAAUACCCGUCCUACUACCAGAGGAAGCAGUACCCAGAGUACAACCCCGUCUAUUACCCUCCUCCCCCCAGACCCAAACCCCGUUACUACCUCACCAAACCUGCCCUCAACCUCAACAACUACCUGAGUAACUCCGUGGACGACACCUACUCUUUCCCUCCCAGACGCCGGUACCACAGCUGGGUCCAGCCUCGGCUGAGGACCCCCCCCGCAGGCCCCCAGCAGAGGCCCUACUACAGCAGCUAUCGCUUUCAGAACUACCCCAAGCCACGUUCCCCUCCCAGAAUGCCCGUGAUCCCUCCCCAACAGAAGUUCUAUUACUCACCGGCGGCACCUGCAGCGGCGAGAAAUGAAGAUUUGUAUAUGGCUGCAAAGAAGCCAGACAGCAGUAACCGUGACGAUCUGGAGAAAUACAUAGAGCAGAUUCUCAUGAGGAGACCAAUGCUAGACUGAGAGGGUUGGGAAAAGAGCGGGAAUCGGUUCAAAGAGGAGAGAGGGAAAGUAUCUAGGAUUUUGAUUUGCUGGUUUUGUUUUACGUAUGUCUCUUUCUCCUUUUUUAAAUGGUUGCUAUUUGGACAGGACAUUCAGGAGGACUUUUUCCAGAGGUAGUCUGAAUAAAAUGUACCUUUUGUAGGAAAAUGAAAAGAAAGAAAGACAUCUACACUCCUCUGGGAAGAGGGGGACGGGAUGAACGUCCCGUUGGGAAGCAUGACUCAGCAAAGAUUUGUAUCAUGCUAAAACACUUCAUCCAAACUCCCGGCAUGACAACAUUCUCCAUAUGGACAUUUUACAAUGCCAACAAAGGAGGACGCUUAAAUAUGUUGUUACCUGUACCUUUAAAAAAACAUAUUGUUCACAGUCAAAGAGUCGGGAACAUCAGAGGCAGUGGUGGAUGCUGGGAAAUGUUUGAUGGCAACCAAACAGAGAAUUUUGUGUAUUUUUCUCAGGCAGGGAACUUUUAAAAAUGAGUCAUCUAUACAGAAUAUUUCCCCUACACUAAAUGUCCAAAACUAUGUGGACCCCAAACAUUCCAGCCAUGUGUUAAUCAGACACAUUCAGAGCAUUAUGAAGUUCCAACGCCAAUAUUGUAUGUCUCUGAGUACAUGAUAAAAGAAAUCCGUAAUCUGAGACGUCAAUAUCUGUUGACCUUGUGGACCAACAAGUGGUGGCCUAGCCAUUGGCUGCUCGUGUCCUCCAACAAAACACUCACUAUAUCCUCAUUUCCCUUAAUUGGACCGAAGUCGCCCCAACCUGGAUACACAGCGUGUCUGUAUCAACUGGUGCACCUAUUGUCUCUUAGAGAUGACAUUACAUCAUCAUAACCUUGAAAUGGCCUCUUGCCGGAGCCAUUCACUAUCUCAUUGUUUUUAAAAUGAAUACAUUUAAUGCAAAUGUGUCAUUUUGUGUUAUUUGUAUAAAAUUGCAGCAAAGCAUUUCUGCAGAAACGCACCUUCUCUAUAUGUAUACUCACACAGAGCUCUUUAUAAUGAAAUAUACCGCACCAAAAAGAAUAUUUCAUACAAAGGGCUGCAGAAGCCACCCUACCAUCACUAUAAUGGCUUGGAUGACUCAUACUUUUGCAUAACUUCAAUUACCUUGUUGCUAUGGUGCCAAAGCCUGGCCAAAGUCUAUAUGGCAUUUUGUGAUGCCUUCAGAGGAGAAUGCAGUGGUGAAGGCAUACUGCUCUUUUUACUUAACACAUGCAUUUGAAAGGGUAAGGCUGGUGUUAUUCCUUUAUUCAUCUAUAUCACCAAAUGUGUUCCAUAUUUUCUUACUCCCCUACCCUGUUUGUAUGUUUGUAGCACUCAGUUUACAUUUGUGAUAUAGACAAUCCGUAACCUUAUCCUUUAAAGAAACCAUCUAUGGCUUUGAUAUAGGACCCCAAAGUUUCAUUCAGCUAAAUGAGACCAUUUAGUGUCAUCUUACCAAUCAACAUUUGUAUUGACCAUUAUCAACUCAAAGAGUAUUGUAUUGGUCUUGUUGUCCACAUGUUGCACAACCAUCAAUCAUACAUUUUAUACAUUUUGAAGUAGGAAGUUCUUGGGCUGAUAUUUGCUGCCUUACAUGUCACUGUGACAUUCUUAACAUUAUGCUUUCUUUCCCUCUUUUGUACCAUUUGAUAUUGUCAAUGAGAUCAAGGAUGUAAUCACUUUUGUAAUGGAAACUGGUGGGAUGAUAGAAUUGGAGUUUAUUGAUCAUUUUUAAAGCAUGAUAAAGGAAUUGUUCUUGGAUUGGACAGCGUUGUCAAAAAAGGUUUUUAACGUGCAGAAAAAGGAGAUUGGACUGCUGACAUUUCCUUUCUUGACUUACUGAUAAUCAGUAAUCAAUAAACACGUCCUUUUCUCCCGGUUUAUCGGUUUUUCAAAUGCGUCACUGGGAACAAUAGCGGAUGUUGCUCUUUGGUUUGUCCGUAUUGUUGACCUUUGAGGCCAUCUGUUGCUAAGGGAUGAGCACAUCUCAACAUCAUCGUUGCCAUCCAAAACAGAUUAACGGCAUCGACAAUCUCACACUGAAAGAAAUGUCAACACGAGGCCAUUAGUCAAAGAAGAGUUGAAGAGAUGGAAGUAAAAACAAAGCCUUUUUAUCAUUUCUAACAAUUUGUAGUUUUGUUAUGAGAGAGGAGUUACAGACAGAGGAGUGAACAAUGAAGCGACAGACCAGAGGCGAGGGUACAGUGUCUGCACGUUUAUGUAUACUUGCAUCUAAAAAUUGCUUCUUUGAAGACGUACAAGCAUCAAUGAAAAAAGUAUAAAAAAAUCAAAGAUGACAGAAACAAUGACGUCAGUGUACCUCAAAAUGAGUCCUGUGUGCGGCGAGUGUUGUCCGUGAUCUUUCUAGAUGUACCUUGUUGUAACCAUCGUGAUAAACAUGCGUUUGCUGGAUGUAAAUAUGCGCAUGUCAAUGACUACUUUUGCUACACGUAAAGAAACAAUAAAGUGAACUAUUUUUAAUA